CAGUAUUUACACCACUUACGCAAAAACCUGAAUCCUGGCUACCCAGUUGGAUAUGUUCCAGUUUUCUUGGUUACCUACACCAUCUGUGUCUACCCCGUAACCUGUUUUGUCCAUCAAUUCAGCAUGUCCAAGGGUGACUCCGACUGUACUUCAAAAGUGUGUUUCUACAUUGGAGAGAGUGAUAGCGAAGACGAGGAUGAAGGCUUUGUUAACGACUGCCAGCUUUCUCCAUCUUCAUGUGUACCCUUGCUGCUUCAUAUCUGGAAUGACACCAAUAGUUGGGAAGAGGGACAAGAUCCUCCAUUGGAGGUUGCUGUGAAGAUUCUGAGGAUCCUACAGGGACUAGAGAGAUCCCCACAGCAAAGACAAGAAACACUUCUUAAAUAUAAUGCCUAUCUGAAUCAUCGCAUCUUUAAAGUGUCAGCCGCACUGCAGGAAUACAGAGAGAGGCUGUGUGCUCAGGUAGUUUCCAUUCUAGAGGAAAGAGAACAGCAGGAACUCUCUGGAAUAAAAGAAGAAAUUAAAGAAAUUAAGGAACAGAUUCAAAAUGCCAAACGAUUGUCCAGUCACAGAAAUCACGUUGUGCGUAAGACCCACUCUUUUCUAAGAAAUGUUAGAGGAUUAUUGGUUGGCACAACGCAAUUAAAACCGGAACUGGGCUUGGAGAAAGAAAACCUUCAUAUUGUCAUGUCCCAAACCAAGGAAAUGGAAGAGCACACACUUCUCGAAAAGGAACUUGAGGAUUCUGUUACAUGUCUACGGCUCUGCAAGCUACACAGUCAAAGAAGAAAAUGAACUGCCUAGUUAAUAAAGCUUUGCCAAUAC